AUGGCCUUCCUAGUCGGCAGCACCGCGCCCGCCCUCCAGCGCCUCGCCGUCCCAGCCGUCAGCCUCCUGAUCGCCGUCCUAGGCUACGGCUCGCAGUACCUCUUCGCGCACGCGCCGGACCUCGCGCCGGGCCCGCUGACGCGCACCGAGACCUACCUCUUCAACGGCCUGCUGUGCUUUCUCUGGUACACUUACUACAAGGCCUGCACCGUCGACCCGGGUCGCUACGUGUUCCCGCCCUCGCGGAUCCCCAAGAAGACCGACGCCGCCGUUGACGACCCCUUCCGCGACCCUCACGACGACGCGAGUGCGCCGAACAACAUAGCGAGCAUGAUGGACGGCGGCCGCAAGCGCUGGUGCAAGAAGUGCGCCGCCCCUAAGCCGCCGCGCGCCCACCACUGCAAGACGUGCCGCCGCUGCAUCCCCAAGAUGGACCACCACUGCCCGUGGACAUCCAACUGCGUCUCACUACAAACAUUCCCGCACUUCCUGCGCUUCCUGGCCUACACCAAUCUCUCUCUAUGGGCGCUACUCCGCCUCCUAGGCCAGCGCUUCGGCGCGCUGUGGGCGGCGCGCCACACGCCCGCGUACCUGGGCCCGACGCUAAACCAGCUGGUCGCGCUGACGACGCUCGGGUUCGCGGCGGGCGUGACGGCGCUCGCGCUGGGGGUUCUGCUGGGCGCUACGCUGAAGGGCUGGCUGUUCAACACCACCAUGAUCGAGGGCUGGGAGAUCGAGCGGCACGAGGCGGUGCUGGAGCGGCGCGGCGGGUACGGUUCUCGCUACGGCGACGACGGAGGGUUCUGGCGCGCCGGCGACGGCGAUCGCGAUCCCGAUACCAGCCCGCGGCUCAUGGCCGACCCCGUCGAGUUCCCCUACGACGUCGGCGUGUUCGCCAACAUGGCGCUGGCGAUGGGCACGCGCAACCCGCUGCUAUGGCUCGUGCCCUUUGCGGGCGGGCCGCGCGUCGCCCCCCUCCGCGCGGAUACUGCCACUGGCACUGAUGACGGUGUGCUGAACAGCAGCGAGGAGGGCUGGUCGUACGAGGAAAACGGCCUCAACGACCGCGAGGGCAUGUGGCCGCCCGCGGACCCGGACAAGGUCCGCAACGCGCGGCUCUGGCGCGACCGCAAGCGCGAGCUCGACGCCGAGAACGCCCGCUACCUGCACGUCAGCAACAACGGGCAGUCCUCCUCCCUCGCGAGCCCCGAGGACGAGAAGGAAGCCUUUCGCCGAAGGCAGGAGCGCGACCUGCGCCGCUGGGAGGGCACGCGGUCCCGCAUCCUGGGCGAGCUGGAGGAGGUUGGGGGCGAUUAUGACGAUUAUGACGACCGGGAGCGCGAGCGCGAGCGGGAUUAUGAUUUCGUGGACGAGGCUUAUGGGAGGAAUAGUGCGUACGGGUAUAUGGCGGGAGCGACGAGGCCGAGGGCGGGCAUGGGCAUCGUCAUUGACGAGGGCAAGUCUGGGUGGGUGAACGCCGAUGGUGAACAACUGGGCGACUUCGGCGUGGACGAGGACGCAGAGUUCGAUGAUCCGGCUGAUAGCGGAGACCUUGUAGAACUAGAUCGGGGUCUAGGGGAGGAAGAGGAGGACGAUGAGAUACCGCUGGCGGAGCUCAUUCGGAGGAGGAAAGUCCGUACGAAAGACUGGGAAGAUACUUAG